GCGGAGAGCCCGGGAGCGCGGGCUUCCGGGAGGUGCUGCAGAGCGUCCUCAGCGAGCUGUCGGUGAGCAAGCGGAGCGUCUGGGACCGCAUCCAGCAGCAGGUCUCGCUGGUCCUCAUGACGCUCGAGUUUCAGUACCCCACGCUGACUGAGGACAGCUUCCUCCACGCAGUGAACUUGACACAGAUGCUGAUUGACGAGGGCGACGCUUUCAUGUCGGACUACCAGCCGCCGCGCAGCCAGGGCCCCGCAGCAGACGUGCGGCGGCAGUGGUCGAACUCCAUUCGCAACACGCUCAAGGCGAAGGCGAACGACUACUACGAGUCGCUCCACUACCGGGUCUGGGCCCUGUUCAAGCAAGCCUAUUUGGACCAGGACACGUGGCAGCGGCUGCCCGUGGCGCGCAGCUACAGCCUGCUGCGCACCGGGCGCUUGCAAGCGGUGCUGCCCAAGGCCGCGGCCAAGCAGGCUACAGGCGACGGCACUCCAUCGAAGCCGCGCACAUCUGACAGCAACCCCUUUCGGAACUAUAAGGCGGACGCCCUGGUGUCCACAGGCCCUGGCGACGGCGACGCGGACGGGAGCCCCGGCGGCCUUGACGGCGCCACGCCGGGCGCGGACGAGAUCGACGAGCACUUGUUGCUUCAGCACUGGAUCGACGAGAGCGACAGCCUGCCGCACGAUCAGAUCGGCACGUCGGUGCUCGCCAACUCCAACAGGAGCCUCGUGGUCAGCAAGUCCACGGAGGAGCUGGCGAGAGUGAUCGAGAGGCACCUCCGCAUGAUGAGCGCGCUGCCGCAGCUGGCCGCGCAGAUCUUCGAGGGCAUCGUGCAGCUCUUCGACUUCUACGUGCACUGCGCGCCGCGCUCGGCCACGACCAGCAGCUGCGCUGCCUGCUGGAGGAGCUGGAGGCGACGGCUCCCGGCACGGCGUCCGACGCGAGGCUGCAGAGCCGCCACGAGGCCUUCCUGGUCCAGAAGCUCUGCCCCGAGCUACGACGCUCCGCGCUGCGGGUGCGCGAGAAGCUGGGCGAGAUGGCGCAGCAGUGGAGCCCGGCCUCGUCGCUGCUGCAGGCGCCCGUCGCGGAGCCCAAGUCCUUCCCCAAGCUCUCGUCUCCCUCGGCGCUCUGCGGACUGCCGGAGCGCUGCGUAG